AUGCUGGACGACAUCCCGGCCGGAGACCCCAGGUGGCUGUUCCCGUCCGCGCCCGAGCCCGACGUCGACGCCGCGCUCGACACCACCGUGCUCGCCAUCGCCGCGGAGAUGCUGGACGACAUCCCGGCCGGAGACCCCAGGUGGCUGUUCCCGUCCGCGCCCGAGCCCGACGUCGACGCCGCGCUCGACACCACCGUGCUCGCCAUCGCCGCGGAGAUGCUGGACGACAUCCCGGCCGGAGACCCCAGGUGGCUGUUCCCGUCCGCGCCCGAGCCCGACGUCGACGCCGCGCUCGACACCACCGUGCUCGCCAUCGCCGCGGAGAUGCUGGACGACAUCCCGGCCGGAGACCCCAGAUGGAAGUCCCGCGCGGGCGGGCUUCGCACGCGCGUGUCGCUGGGCAGCUCGGCGGCGCUGCAGCAGACGCACCAGCUGCGCGACAAGCAGCGCGCCUUCACGCUGUUCCGCGACUUCCUGCGCGCGCACGGCCUGCUGCGCCGUCUGCAGCUCGUGUCCACGGAGUCUGGCGGCGGAGUGCAGAGCACGGUGUGGGCGUUGUGUGGACUAGCAGAACAGUUGGCCAUCGCCGCGGCGCUGCGCCGCCUGCAGCACGGGCCCGACGCGCAGCUCAUCGACGCCGCCAUCUACCAGGUGGUGUGCGGCGACAGCGGCGAGGUAGAAGAGGAGCCCGAAGUGGAGGCGGCACUAGCGUCGGGCGCGCUGGCGCCGGCGGACGCGUGCUACCGGCGCGUGUCGCGCAUCAGCCGCGUGCUGCGCGCACUCGCCACGCUGCCGCACGCGCGUGCCACGCCCGACCCGCGCGCGCACGCCGCGCACGUGCACGCGUCUAUGAACAUCAUUAAUAAGAGAUUUAACAACACACUACCAAAAGAUUUCAAGGAUGCCUGGCGAUGCGCUCUCUGCAAGAGCAACCAGCCGAAAUUGGACAACACCAACACCCCUGUCCGUGCUGCAGCCGAGGGCGUCACACUGCAGAGAGGAGCUGCAACCAAAAGUCCUGUACAAUUGGACAUGUCGGCCACUGAGCAGUCAUUAACCUUUAUGGGUAACUUAAAUGACACUGCUCAUAAUAUUACCGUUGAGAUGUCUGACUAUCAAAUAUUUGCUAUGGAGUUGCGCUCAUUUAAAGAAGAGAUGCGGGAAGAGCUCAGGGCCAACAGAGUACAAAUACAGCAGCUUAAUGAAACUAUAGCAUCGAUUUCUAAGAGAGUCACUGAGAGUGAAAGUCGCAUUAGUAAGCUCGAAGAGCGUAUGCAGGUUUUGGAGGACAGUCAGCCCAACGACCAGACACAAAAAUCCCUUGCGGCCUCUAUUGAGCAUCUGAAGGCUGAACUGAACGAUAGAGAUCAAGACCUUCUUCUGAACGACGUUGAAAUCUCCUGCAUACCUGAACAGAAGGAGGAAAGUCUGUCGCAUGUGGUCACGGUCCUGGCAAGCAAACUGGGUGUUGCUUUGUGUAACCAGGACAUCGUAAGUGCCACGCGUGUGGGUCGCAAGUCUGAGUCCGGCGAGCCGCCUGCGCGCCCGCGCCCCAUUGUCGUACGGAUGGCGCGGCGCGCGCUGCGGGACCAAUUGCUUCAGGCCGCCAGGACGGUGCUAGGCGAGGCGCACAAGUGCCGCGCGGCGUGGGCGGCCGAGGUGUGCGGCGCCGCGCCCGCGCCCGCGCCGCCGCUCGGGCCUCGCGCCUUACUGCCCGCACUUGUACAGAUGCUACGCCUGGCUCUCACCCAAUCUGCACACAACUGCCCGGAUCCGAACGUGCGGUGGCAGCUGUGCGAGACGGCGGGCGCGCUGGCCGACCGCCUGCUGUCCGACGCGGCCCCGCUGCGCGCGCCGCACACGCGCCACGUGCACGACAAGCUCAGCCAGGACAUCAUCCGCCCCUUCAUGGAGGAGGGGCUGACGGAGCGCGCGGCGGUGCUGGCGGAGAAGUUCCGCGAGUGGGAGCUGCUGGUGGAGCUGUGCGUGCGCGCCGCCGACCUGCCGCGCCUCUACGCCUACGUCGACAAGUAUCCCAGCGAGGGCGUGGCCGAGUUAGCAUUCGCUCAGAUCGUGGACGGCGGCGGGCCUCUAGUCUCCGCUUUGGUCCGCUGCGAGCGGCCCAACGUAGCUUCUAAGCUGACGGCGUGGCUGCAGGCCUCGCCCACCAGAGCUCAUCUAUUAGCGCUGCAGCGGCUGACGGCGCGCGACUACAGCGCUGCCGCGCCGGCGUUAGCGCAGCUGGCUGGCGAGGAGCAGGACUCGGUUAAUAGGAUGACUACCAUGGCAUCCCUAGCCAAGCUGUGUAUCCUGGCAUCCGACGAGCCGGAGAACCAGCCCGCCGAGACGCGGCGUAAAGUGGAGACGUGCCUGGCGCUCAGCGACCAGCACGCCGCGCUGCCGCGGGACAUCCGCCUGCAUUACGGCCUGGACGCGGAAGACACCAAAGUUAUUCCGCCUGAGGAGAUGAUCCAGAUGUACAUCGACGCAGAGGGCCAGAACCUGACAGAGUAUGACUACAAGAAGGCACUGGACCUCACGGACUACGUACCUGAUAUCGAGAGGCGCGACGAUCUGCGCAUGAAGGUGUGGUGCGCGAGCAUCGUGCGCGACGACUGGGCGGCGUGCCGCGUGGAGGCGCCGGCCGACGAGCUGCAGCGCCGCUUGUUCUUCCGCCUCAUCGACCUCGUGCACCUCAUGGGCGGCGAGGUGGAGCUAGUGCUGCCAGGCGCGGAGGAGCUAUUAGCGGCGCCGGCGCUGUCCGCGCUGGCGCAGGACGCGCGCUUCGGCUACAUCCUCAAGUACGGCUACGAGUGCCUCGCCGCGCGCGACCCGCCGCCCGCGCAGGCCUAGCACGAACCAGACACUUCCACCGAUGACUCUACCAUAAGCUGAUCUAAAGCCCGGUCCGUGAGCACGUAGAAUUUUGUCCAAUGACCCCUAGCUACCCGUCCUUAUUGCUCCCGCGUAAUUAUGUUGCUAUAGCGCUCGCACACUCACUGCGGGUCGCACAGUCGCGACAACAAUAUAAUUACGCGCGAGCGAUAAGGAUGGGUAGCUAGGGGUCAUUGGACAAAAUUCUACGUGCUCACGGACCAGACUAUACACCAAACGAUUUUGAACUUUGACUUACCGCUUUCACUUUUAGGCGAUUAGCAGCGCGACAAACACGCUACUGACGCGCGAUAAUUACAUACUAUGUGACAGCGGAUGCAUGCCUUCACAUUAUAAAAACGCUCUAAUGUGAAAGCGCUCUUAGGCUGGUUCCCUAAAAUCGAUUCUUGUCCAAAUCCGUUCUUUGACUGUCAAAUUUCAAUCUGUUUUCGAUCAAAUAUCCAUAAUUUUUUAUGCUUUUACACUUUAAUAUUG